GCGGUGGUUCUCAGAAUCAAAAAACCAUCCCGGCGGCGAAGCACGUAAAUCCCGAGAGAAACACAAAGGAAGCGUUUUCGACGAUAAACAAACAGUGAAUUAAUCGGUGCAGUGGUCUUCGAGUGGUUCCACAGAAAGGGGACACUCUGGAGGGGUGCACUUAACGUGGGCGCCUAGUGAAAGUGAAAAAACAAAGAGACAACUCGGACAAAGAAGUGAGGAGCGGACAGCUGCAUUCUGCAUCUUCUUUACAUCGAGCAAGGAAUCAGUUAAAAUGCCACCUUCCCGGCUGGAUGGGCUGUAUCGUUCGCUGCUGCUGACCAAGUUCUUCUGCAAAGGCUGGGGAAAGCCGGAAAAUAUCGAAAGGUUGUUUGAGUUCCGCAAGAUCAUCUCGAACCGGGCCGCCUGUUCACAGCUGAUACCGCGGGACUAUCCGGUGGAGAUAACGCGCGAAGAGGUCCAAUCGGAUUGCAAGAUCAUCGAGGGCAAGUUCAUCACGCCGCUGGAGAUCUAUAUGCCCGGGCUGGUACCGGAUGUGGCCCAACAAGCCCACUUCCAGGUGGUGCUGCCACUCAAGUGGAAUGACGAGCGCUACAAACCGAUCUGUAUCCAUCUGGCCGGUACCGGUGAUCAUUACUUCUGGAAGCGAAGGAAUAUGAUUGCCAAACCGCUGCUGAAGGAAGCGAAUCUCGGUGCCAUCAUCCUGGAGAACCCGUUCUACGGUUUGCGGAAGCCAAAGGAGCAAAGAGCAUCGAGUCUACAGAAUGUGUCCGACAUAUUCGUGAUGGGCGGCUGCCUCGUACUGGAAUCGCUCGUCCUGCUGAACUGGUGCGAACGGAACGGAUUAGGACCGCUGGGCAUUACGGGGCUCUCGAUGGGUGGCCAUAUGGCAUCGUUGGCUGCCACGAACUGGCCAAAGCCGCUGGUGCUCGUCCCCUGUCUGUCCUGGUCAACGGCUUCAUCCGUCUUUACUGAGGGUGUUAUGAGCCAUUCUAUCAACUGGGACGUCCUGGAGACGCAGUACUUUGCCGAUGGUAAUUUCCGGGAGCGUCUCUCGAAGAUGGUGACCGUGGUCGACGAUGCAUUUGUCGCCGGAAAGCAGUUCAUCCAAAACUUUAACCAAUCAGUCGAAGAGCUACGGCAGGAUAUCGACGAAGCGAAGGAUCUCGUUUGUGGUGCAGCAACGGUGGACGUUAAUUUGUCCGUUAUACGCGAGGCAACACCGGAGGUCACCGAUGAAGAACAAAAGUCACGACAGCAGCAGGAGGAGAGCAAGCAGCUAAAGAGUCGCAUCCACAUUAAUCGCACAAACGCCCUGAACCUCUCGGAACCCUUGCUAGAAAAGCUCCUAUCGAAUGUGCGGUGCGAACUGACCCAAGAGGAGAUCGAUGAGCUCAACAUGAAGAUCCAUCUAGCGCUCAAGCGCCACAAUGAGGAGCACCAGAGCGAAGCUGGCCAACCCGGAGAGAAGCUGAUUCUGGAGGUGAAGUCUGAAUCGGCAAAACCGACGGAAGCGGAAGGUGGUGGUGCGGUCGAGCUUGCUCCGGCACCCGCGAUAUCGGUCGGAUCGAAGAUUCUGCAGUAUAUAAGCUGGCGAUCGGCAUCAUCGACGAGUGAGGGCGAGAAACGCGUACCGAUCGACACUACCAAGCAGCGCUGGUGGGAACGGGAGGCCCUCCAGUUCAUGCGCGGUAUGAUGGACGAGUGUACGCACCUGAAAAACUUCUCCGUUCCCUACGACACGUCGCUCAUCAUUGCGGUUUGCGCCAAAGAUGAUGCAUACAUUCCGCGGGAAGGGUGCACGAGCCUGGAGGACAUUUGGCCCGGUGCCGAGAUCCGCUACCUCGAUGCUGGCCAUGUCAGUGCGUACGUGCUGCACCAGAAGCUGUUCCGAUCCUGCAUCAUCGAGGCGUUCGAGCGUGCGAAGAAGAAGUGGGUACCGGUGAGUGAUGGUCUUCGGCAGGAGGUGAAUGGUAUGGCCACUACGACACCGGACCAACAACCAAGUAAAUAAUGGAAUCGAAACAAACGGACGCUGGGACUGCACCGGGUUACCAAAGAGUGCCAAGGCCAAGUGCAUCAUCCCGUAGGGCCUUAUGUGGUGGGCAACCGUGGGAAAAGAAUUGCGUCAGUAUUACGCCAUUCUAAUGAGGCCAUCAGGAACACCGAUACCGGUACACACGGUAUUGGGUUUUGGGAUGAAGUAAGCCGAAUCACACCUCUCCGUUCUAACGGAUUGAGGACUAUACCAUACUCUUCUUCAUUCUCCGUCAGCAUCGGCGACCAGUCAACGAAAGAAGAAGAGUUUCCUGUUUAGUGUUAAGUGCCGAUCGGAACUGGACUGAUUGUGAUAAAUUGACACGACUUCGUGAAUAACGAGCUCAAACAAGAGAGAGAACUAUAGUGGCAGUCUGAGGGGAUCGUCCGCGAUCAUAUAGAGAGUGUAUAAGUUAUUGUUAGAUGAUCCAUUUGUAUUUUUGUAUAUUAUGCUUCACAAGUCGUAGGGUACAGAGUAAGAGCAGCGAGUGCGCGAAUUUUGUGCAUCUCUCGCGAGUGUUUAGUGAUUUUGUUUUGUCCCCACUCAUAGAACGCCAUGUACGAACGCCUAAUGAAAGAGAUUUAAUAAAAUUAAAA